AUGCCUCCGGGCCACCAUCCCCAAGCAGCCAUGAACCAGGCCGCCAUGGCACAGCAUCACCCUGGCCAGGCCCUUACGAGCGAGUUGGCGAAGCGCCGAAGCCGAAAGCCCACCGACAAAACGUUGCCUGAUGGGGUCGAGGACUGCAUCACAGAUAUCGAGGUCGCCCAGCGAUACAGAGAGCUGCGCGACUUUGAACGCCGGCUGGACGCAACAAUGACGCGCAAGCGCUUGGACAUUGUCGAGACUGUUGGUCGCAAUGCAAAGCGCUACAAAACUCUUCGCGUUUGGAUCAGUAACACGGUUGAGGACCAGGUAUGGCAAGGAAGCGGUCUUAGCGUCGAUAGUUUCGACUUCACACCCAGCGCCGAGCCUUCCUACAGGGUUAAAAUUGAAGGCCGCCUUCUCGAGGAUGGGCAGGAAGAUGUUUCGGAGGAGUCUGCGCUAAACGCAGAUUGCACGGAAGAGGAUGGCGCCGUCAGCUCGAGACGACAAAGCUCCGCGCCUACGACCCAGAAACAACGCUUCUCCCAUUUCUUCAAGGCCCUCAAUGUCGACUUCGAUCGCACCCGCUCGAGGGCCGCCUCGGACCAGACCGUUGAAUGGAAAAAGCCUGCUUCACCAAACGCUGCAGCCGGCGCAGAAUUCGACGAGUUCACCUUCAAGCGCAGCGGGGACGAAAACAUGAAUAUCACCAUUAACCUAUACCGACAGGAGGACCCUGAGCGAUACCUGCUCAGCCCCGAACUGGCUGACAUCGUGGACAUGACGGAGGCUUCUCGCCAAGAGGCUGUUCUGGCUGUCUGGGAGUAUAUCAAGAUGAUGGGACUGCAGGAGGAUGAGGAGAAGCGUAAUUUCCGCUGCGAUGAGCUUUUGAAAAAGAUUGUCAAUGGCAGUGACGUUGGAAUUAUUCCCAACCUGAACGAUUACAUCCAGCCUCACCUCUCACCGCUACCUCCCGUCAGUUUAACGUAUACCGUUCGAGUCGAUGAGGCAUUCCACAAGGAUCCUCGGCCCACCAUCUACGAUGUGCGGGUAGCGGUCGAUGACCCCCUAAGGGCCAAGCUUGUGCCCUUCGUAACGAACCCUGCGUAUGCGAGUGCCCUCAAGGAGGUCGUCGGCAUGGACGAGCAGUUGGCGACAUUAAUUUCGGCGGUUGCUAGCUCCAAGGCAAAGCACUCAUUCUUUACGUCAAUGAGCCAGGACCCUGCCAACUUCGUCAGGAAUUGGAUGAGCUCGCAGAAGCGGGAUCUUGAGGUAAUCAUGGGAGAGGCCACAAGAGGGGGUGGUGAAGACGCCACCGGAGACGACUGGAGGCGCGGCGGUAAGGACAGCGCGUGGACGUCUUCAAACGCCCGUGAGAGCGUCAGCGUCAUGCUGGCUAAGCAGCCGACGCAGGCUUCGAGGUAA